UCUAUUCGCACAUACACUGAGCAAGUGAGAGAACCACAGGCCAGGGAGAAGAGAAGUUUGCUCGGUUACUCUCGUCCCUAAGUCUCCUUCAGAGGACGUCUCUCCUUGCACAGCUAACUGUCCUUCCCGGGAGGGUCCUGAAGCGAGGGCCAUGGAGAUAGCAACCUUCCUGCAACGGGCCUUGUUCAUGUUUUCAGUGUUCCAUCUCCUCACCUACUCGACAAUCAAAGCUAACUGCAAUGGAGGUGGCAGCGGCGAAAUCUCUGAAUCAAUUGAUUGCAGUUCCACGCUACUCUUAUCAACUGAUUUCGAUGACCCUACUGAGUCACUUAUGCUAAUGCAGCCAUCAAAUACAGCACCUUUAGAAUCGGAGUCUAUGAAUAUCCCAACUUCUUCAUCUUCAUUGCUUGCAUUAAUGGAUAGCACAUCAGCUCUAGUAACGGAAGUUGCCCCUGGCUCACAAACACUAGAAUUUGGCCUCUCUCAAUCUUCUUCCUUGUCAUAUGGCAUAGCCAUGACUUCCUCAUUCCUGUUACAAGAAGCUACCUUUUCUUCUUCCCUACCAGCCCAAUCUAGCUCAUACUUUUCACCAUCUCCUCUUCCUAGUACUACUUUAAUGUCUUCUGUUUUGCCAUCGAGUUUGUUCCAGUCCCUUUCUCACUCAAUCUUGACCACACAACCAUUAUCUACCUCAUUUUUUGAGAGUCAAGCAACUCCAACUCCCACUCCCUCUCUUUCCUCUCCUCCUCUUGUUAUGACAAGCUCAGAAAAAGUGUUAGAAACUCUAUCGUCAUCAACACACGAUAUGUUUUCAUCAUCACUAUUUGUCACUGCUACAACUAGGCCACCUACUAAUACUAGUCUAGUCUCAAGUUUCUCUUCAUUAUUAACUCAAAUAUCAAUCACUCCUACACCAGCAACAAGUUCAGCUCUAGUAUCUUCUCCUCUCACUCCUACUCCAUCGAUACAGAGUAGCAGCAGUCCUACCCCCUCACAAACAGGGACGAGUCCCACUAAUGGUGGCGAUACUGGACUACUGAACCAAAUAUGGGAUUUCUUUCAGGAGAACAGAGAUGUAGCCAUUAUUGUUGUUGUUGGUGGUUGUGUUAUUAGCCUCCUCCUAUGUAUCAUAGUCGUCGUGAUAUGCUGUUGCUGCUGCUGUAGAAGAAAGAAAGACAGAUACUCAGUUGAUGAGAGGAGACUAUCUAAUGGUAAUGUAAGAGGAACACGCUUCAGACCAUCCAUAAGCUCACCGCAACACUUUUACCAUCAACACGAGCUGCACCAGCAGCAUCAAGCUAGACCAGAACCAAUAACUCGUAAAAGAAGUGAGGUCUUUGCUGAAACGGAACUAGGAGAAGUCAGCAUUGACGAUGCUCUUCAUUAUCAAGGACACAGUCAAGUGCAGCACAGUCAAUUAAUAGGAGGUGCCGGAGGAGGAGGAGAAGUUACUCAGCAAUCGCUAUCAAAACUGACCCCUUUUGAUGCUUCUCAGAUGAUACUUCAAGUUGGCGGAGGUAUAUCUGUCGAUGACGACGACGACGUCUCCCCCGUGACAAAGGAGGCAGAGGAAAGGGACGAAGUAAACGACGGAAGGGAAUCCCCUUUCAUGCAUUUGAGCGAUAACUUGUCACAGUCUCGGAAUCGAAGAUCGAACGAGCACUCGCAGGAUGUGGUGGGCGGAGAGAACAGUCAGUACUCGUACCUCGGGCUAGGAGUCAUGCAUGGGAGUGAUGUCAUGUUUACCAAUUCAAUGAUGGACGAGAGCCAAGACCCAGUCCUGCAUAGGAACCCAAUGAUUACCGUAGGUAUGGGGCAGGGCACGUCUAACGAAUCGCGGGAGGAGGCAACGGACAGGGCAAGUCAUAGAACCGAGAGUCCGUUGCUGUCGAGUUCGACAGACGAGCUGCUUGAUGCCACGCCUACUAAAGUCAGCAAAGGGCGGGGCUCAAGUUAUGCAUCUCGUGACAUUGCACUAUUGACUAGUCUAGAGAGAGGGAGGGACGGGGAAAAAACUGAACGAUCUCUUUCGGCAAGUGCCGAAGAGGGAAGAACUAAAAAGACUUCGCUCAGUUCUCUCACGUCUCUUCCUAGACCACAGAAUCCAAAGGCGACUCCUUCUCCGAGUGCGGAAUCAGAUCUUCAGGAAACUCCAGAAAAAAUAAGAAGUAAUACUGUAUCGGUACCUGUAGGCUCUUUCAACAGAGCUUCGGCAAAUAAAUCAGGUGCUUCCAGUCGACUUGGCAAACUUACAUCACUUGAGUACAUCAGAGCCAGUUUAAGAAUGAAACUAAAGCGAAUGAAAGUAGCAAAGGACAGUGAUGGCAGUCCAGAGAAUCCUAAGAAACCUUUGAAGAGUGCUCUGCGUAAGACCGGGAGCGUCAGUAGCUAUGAUUCUAGUAUAGGCGCAUCUAACACAUACACUAAUCACUAUGCAAGUGAUUUUGACGAAUCGCCACAUCACAUACCAGCAUCCGGCCCUGCUACUAGCCCCCGCUACCCCUUCCCCCCUCAGGGAGAUUUCAUGGGACCACACCCACCUUAUGGAAUGGAUCCAAUGUUACCGUACGACCCCAUGGGGCCGAGCUAUCAUCACCCUCCCCCUCACCACCCUCCACCUUUCAUGGACGGAUACAGCUAUCCAAUAAGCCCCCACCUAGCCCCAGGGAAUUACCCCCCACCAAUGCACGGGGGGAUGAUGUACGGAACAGAUCAACUCUCCCCUAUACUAUCAGUAUCACAAAUGGACUAUCACCCGACAAUGCACGUCGGGCUCCUACCUCAAUAUGGUCACCCGGGGGCCGGAAUGAGAGGAGCUGGCUACGAUAAUUACUUUCCCUCUCAACCUCCUAACUACGACGAUGAUGACGAAGAUGACGAUAUUCCAUAUCGGCAUAACGAUAUGAACGCCAAUGCCUCACAGAGGAGCGUGAGGUGGAAACUGGAUAAUGAAGAGAUUCCUCCAAGGACUCCAGUAGAUCCCGAGCAGCUCACGCCUUCUGAUGAUGAAGGGCACAAUGACAGAUAGAGAUUGAAAAGUUGAAUUGGUACUAUUAUUAUUAUUAUCAUUGUUAUUAUUUAUUUCAAUGUCUCUUUCAUUGUAUGAUUAUUAUUAGCAUUAUUAUUAUUGUUGUUGUUGUUGUUGUUAUUAUCAUUUCCAAUCAGUUUUAAAUUAUUUGUUGUAUCAUUUUAUUUCAUUUCUCAUUGACAGUACGUGUGCAAUCGUUUCUGUUU